UUCCUGCGGCCACACGGGCGGGCAAGCCCAAGGACUGGGCAGUUGCGCGCUUCCCCUCUCCUGCCACAGAGACUCGGGCCACUGGUGGAGUCCGGGGGAAGAACCCAGAGUCCUCGGGGAAGCGGAGAGCACCGGCGGAGAGAGAAGGCAAAGGGUUACAAGUGAGCAGGCUGCGUCUGCGUGCAGGUGGAGCAGGGGGGCUUCCGGAGCUACAGGGUCGACAAAACGGCUGUGAUGCAAUCACGCAAGUCGCCGCGUCAAAGCGUGGAUCCCGGGAUGCGCGCACCGCGGACCCCUGCAUCCACCUGCCGCUAAUCCUGAGGGCAGCCGCCGCCACCAACUUGUCCCCCCUCCGCAGCCACCGCCUAGGGUCCCCGGCGAUCCCCUGACCACCGCGGCAGCUCCCGAGAACUGCCUGGGCCAUGAAACCGGCGGGCGGCCGCGGCGGCUGGGGCUGGGGUGGCGGCAAGGGAGGCGGCAAAGGAGGUGACGCGGGCUCGGGGGGCAAAGGAGGCUUCGGGGCGCGCCCGCGCGGCGGCCGGGGCCGGGGGCGCGGCGGCGGCGGCGGUGGCGGCGACAGCAGGGACCGCGGCGGCGGCGGGCAGCGGCGCGGCGGCCCGGCCAGGAACAAGAGCCGCCGCAGAAAGGGCAUCACGGUGUCGGUGGAGCCGCAUCGGCACGAGGGCGUGUUCAUCUACCGCGGCGCGGAGGACGCGCUGGUCACCCUGAACAUGGUGCCGGGAGUCUCGGUGUACGGAGAGAAGCGCGUCACGGUGGUGGAGAACGGAGAGAAGCAGGAGUACCGCACGUGGAACCCCUUCCGCUCCAAAUUGGCCGCGGCCAUCCUGGGCGGCGUGGACCAGAUUCACAUCAAGCCCAAGUCCAAAGUGUUGUACCUGGGCGCCGCCUCUGGAACCACCGUCUCUCACGUCUCUGACAUCAUCGGCCCCGACGGCCUGGUCUAUGCGGUUGAGUUUUCCCACCGCGCUGGCCGCGAUCUAGUCAACGUAGCCAAGAAACGCACCAACAUCAUCCCAGUACUGGAAGAUGCCCGGCACCCGCUCAAGUACCGCAUGCUCAUCGGAAUGGUGGACGUCAUCUUCGCCGACGUAGCCCAGCCAGACCAGUCCCGCAUCGUGGCGCUGAACGCCCACACCUUUCUGCGCAACGGAGGCCACUUUCUUAUUUCCAUCAAGGCCAACUGCAUCGACUCCACAGCGUCUGCCGAAGCUGUGUUUGCUUCCGAGGUGAGGAAGCUGCAACAGGAGAACUUGAAACCUCAGGAGCAGCUAACUCUGGAGCCCUAUGAGAGGGACCACGCUGUGGUCAUCGGGGUCUACCGGCCCCCUCCCAAGAGCAGCAGCAAGUAGUAGCAGCCGAUGCCAGGGAAGGUGCCCUGCACUGCCACAAAACUGUGUUGUAUCUUUGUGCCUGUCCUGUUGUGUUGCUUUUCUAUUAAAUGAAGUAAACAAUUCCCAAGUGUA